AUGCCCCCCAAGAAAUACACUCCCGAACAAUUAAGAGAAUGGGGCUGGGAUACUAGAUUAUUAGGAGAACAUGAAUCAGCCCCGUUAACUGAUUUAGAAAAAAGAAAACCAGAACAAACUCAACCCAAUCAACAACAGAAUAACGAACCAGAAGAAAACCAAUCCGAUAAUUCCUUUUUAGAAAAAUUUACCGAAUUAGAAAAAGAGACUUUGGAAAGAUUACAAACUAUUCAGCAAGAAAUCAAUCAAGAAUUAACCAAAGCAGAAAACCAACCUUCCACUCCACCUCCUCCCAAACCCUCCACGGCUACUUCUCUAAAAAUCACUGAAACCGAAACCAAACUAAAAGCCGCUAAAAAGAAAUUAGAAAGAAAACAGCAGGAAGUAAAAAAAACCCAACAAAAGGCUCAAAGUCAACCAAGUAAACAAAAUCAACAAAAAUUAGCAGAAGCCCAACAGGAAACUAAACAGGCACAACAGGAAAUUCAAGCAGCCCAAGAACAAUUAACGAGUUUAGAAAGUAAACAAGAAUUUGAAGAAACCUUAGAAAAAAAUCAAGAGGAAAUUCAAGAGCAAAAACAAAAAGAAGUUCAGCAACAAUGA